AUAGGUUUCGUGAGUUUUGGGGCUGCCAUGGACGCAAAGCAAGACAGAAAGAUAUUUGUGGGUGGAAUAACAGGGGAGGUUGAUGAAGAUAUCUUGGAAGAACACUUCAGUAGAUACGGCGUGGUAGAAGAGUGUGUGAUCGUUUUGGAUAAAAUCACUCGUCAACCUAGAGAGUUUGGUUUUGUUACCUUCACUGACCCGUUAGUGGCCAAGAGAGUAUUGGAAGAAGAAAACCACUCCAUCUUUGGCAAGACGAUUGAUGUAAGGCCUUCGGAACCAAAGCGUGAGAGAAACCAAAUUUAUCAAGAAGAGCAAUAUGUUCAACAUCAAGGUUACAUCCCUACAAAGAUUUUUGUGGGAGGUUUACCACAUGAUCUAACUGAAGAUGAAUUCAGAGACUACUUUGCUAAGUUUGGUGCAAUUGAUGAUGGAAUCAUAAUAUAUGACAAGGAAAGCAACACACCUAAAGGUUUCGGAUUCAUUACUUUUGAAUCUGAUGAUGCUGUUGUCGAUGUCUUGCAUAAACAGAAAAACAAAUUUCAUGAACUGAAAGAUAAGCAGGUGGAGGUAAUGAGAGCUCUUCCUGAAGUUAAGAAGAACUGGCAUGGAAUGUGGAGAUGGCUUCAAUUUGACGAUCUUGCUUUCGGUAUUGAUCGUUUUUUUUGCUUUAGUUGUGGAGGUGCUUACGGUUAUGGACACUUUCAAGGGUGUUUAUAUUGGCCAAAUCCGUAUCAUGGGGUUUGGAAUAUUAUUAGGGUUAUCCAUGCUAAUUGGAUUGGUGGUGAAGUAGUUGAUCAAAGUGCUUGGAAUGGUUAUUCUGAUCAAAACAAACUUACUCAUGUAAACUCAAUCACAAGUUGCUGA